AUGGCCGGCCCAGCUCGGCCUGCCUCCUCCCUUCCUACGAAGCGGACAGGCUUGCGCCAGCCGACUCGACGUGCAGGUUCCGCCGUGCCGGAACAACGAGGAAUGUCGCCAGCAGUCACAGCUAAGCCUGCGACGUCAUCAAAUGCUGCUGUUACGACACGCGCUUCAAAACUUAGUCCAGACCAAGCUAGCGCGGCAGCAAAGCGAAAGGAGCGGGAAUUUGAACGGGAGAUCAAUGAGAAUACGAGCAUCCAUGUGGUCGUGCGUUGUCGCGGUCGAAACGACCGUGAGAUUCAAGAGAACAGUGGGGUUGUGCUGUCUACUGAAGGAGUCAGUGGCAAGCAGGUUGACCUGUCUAUGGGGCCCAAUGCGCUUUCAAACAAGGUUUAUGCUUUUGACAAGGUUUUCUCUCCAGCUGCGGAUCAAACUGUGGUGUUCGAAGAGACUGUCAUGCCAAUUUUAAAUGAGAUGCUCGCAGGCUACAACUGUACCAUUUUCGCAUACGGCCAAACUGGCACCGGAAAGACAUACACCAUGUCCGGAGACAUGACCGACACCUUGGGUAUCCUGUCCGACGACGCCGGUAUUAUUCCGCGUACUCUCUAUUCCCUUUUCCAAAAACUCGAGGGCACGGAAAGCACCGUCAAAUGCUCCUUCAUCGAACUUUACAACGAAGAACUGCGGGAUCUCCUUUCUGCCGAUGACCACACCAAAUUGAAGAUUUUUGAGAAUGAGAAGAAGGGCCAUGCGGCCACUAUGGUGCAAGGCAUGGAAGAAACCUACAUCGAUUCGGCCUCUUCCGGUAUCAAACUCUUGCAAAUGGGCAGUCUCAAACGACAAGUUGCUUCAACGAAAUGCAAUGAUCUGAGUUCUCGCAGUCAUACCGUUUUUACCGUCACUGUCCUUACCAAUCGGACAAGUGAGUCCGGCGAGGAUUAUGUUACUUCUGGAAAGCUGAACUUGGUGGAUUUGGCUGGAAGUGAGAAUAUCGGGCGGAGUGGCGCAGAGAACAAGCGUGCAGCCGAAGCUGGUCUGAUCAACAAAAGCUUGCUCACUUUGGGGCGAGUCAUCAACGCUUUGGUGGACAAGAGCUCACAUAUCCCUUAUCGGGAGUCAAAGCUCACACGAUUGUUGCAAGAUUCGCUUGGUGGUCUCACGAAAACAUGUAUUAUCGCGACAGUGUCGCCUGUACGAAGCAAUCUGGAGGAAACUAUUUCGACCCUGGAUUAUGCUUUCCGAGCCAAGAACAUCCGCAACAAGCCACAGAUCAACUCUCUUAUCUCGAAGAACAAGCUACUCCGGGAUAUUGGGAUGGAAAUCCAAAAAUUAAAGAGCGAGCUCAUUGCUACACGGAACCGCAAUGGUGUGUACUUGACACCAGAUGCUUACGAAGAGAUGAGAAUGGAAAGCGAGUCUCGCAGAAUUGUCAACGGAGAACAACGGGCAAAGAUUGAGUCAAUGGAAUCAAGCUUACGGCACAAGGUCCAAGAACUAUUUGCUCUGACUGGGAAUUUCAACACGCUGAAGGAGGAUAACGAAAACACCCAAAGAAAACUCAAUACCACAAGAGGCGCUCUGGAAGACACCGAAGUGAACCUGAAGAGCACUUCUGAGAAGCUAGAUGAAGAGAUGGCGGUUCGCAAGGCUCAUCAGUACACCGAGAAAAGGCUGCGUGAGAUAGGUGCCGAUCUUCUAUCUAUGCUAGAUGGCACCGUUGAUGAUGUCCGCGGACUCCAUGCUAAGAUAGACCGGAAAGACGAUUUGGAAACCGACAAUCGUCAGAUAUGGCAAGCAUCCACCGGAGAAGUCUGCGACGUGACUGAGAAGAUCGAUGCUCGUAUGGAACACUUCCAAAAGCAGCAUGCCAUGCUGCUGGAGAGCAUGUCUACCCGUAUCCAUGAAUUUGUAGGCAGUGAGAUUGGUGCCGUCCAGUCAGCACGCUCCCAACUUGAAGAGUACGACUCCACCUUUGACAAAGUUGAAGCUGAAGCCAAGAGCCAGACCAGCGGUGCACACGAUGAGAUGAACGAAGUUCUUGAGGAAAUCAAAGUCCUUCGAGAGGAUGUUAAGACGAAGGUCGGGAAGGGAUUGAACGGAUUAUCAGCUGCAGCUGCGCGAAUUUCCGAGGAGGUCAUUGGCGAAUUUUCCCAGUUCCACUUGCAGUUGCACUCAUCCUACAGUGCCCUUGGAAAGGAUUUCAAGGGCAUGUUCGACACCAUGGCAGCACACUUGGAACAGCAAAAGACCGAGGUCAAUCGGCUUCGACUUGAACUUCAGGAAUCCAAUCGCCAAGCAGUGGAGGCAAAUCGCAAGGCCUCGUCUACUUUGGCCCAGGUCAUGGAGGACGAGCAGGCCAGUGCCCAGGCUGAGCGUGACAAUCUCAUGUCUCAGAUCCGCAACCUACUUGAUGAUUCCAGCCAAAAGCAAUCCAUUCGUCUUAAGACCAAGGUCGAUGGUCUUCGCACAGAUAUUUCCGCAUCUGGGGAUUCUCUGGAGCAAGCGACAGCUCAAUAUGACCGACACGUUGACGAGUGGAUUUUUAAGGAAGAACAGUUCGCCAAGGAUGUUAUUACCUCUAGGGACGACAUCAAGACCAAGAUGCAGCAUGAUUGGGAGGCAUUUGAUCAACGCAAUGCUUCCAUCCAGCGCACCACCGAGUCUGUACACCAAGAGACUGUGCGUAUUGUGGAUGCACAGAUGAGUGACAUGAGCAAGCAAAUGGAAGCACUCGAUGAUUUUGUUGCCAAGGCUCGAUCUCACAACGGCCGCUUCCAUGAGGCACAGCUUGGCAGUCUGGCUGCGAUCGAUUCGAGCGUGCGAGGCUCCCGUAAGGCCAUCCGAGCUCAUUUAGAUGGCUUUGGCGGACGUGCGGGUCAACUUCAGGGUGAUAUCGAUAUGCAUACUGCUAAUAUGAAGCACUGCACGGCCCCUCUGCAGAAGGAGGUCCGUCAGCCACUCGUCAAUCUUCGGGACAACUUUGAAAGCCACCCUAUGAAGGAAUACAUUCCAUCUGGUGUCACGCCCAAGAAACGGAAGUACGAUUACCCUACGCACCUGCCUCGCACUGAGUCCCAUGAUGGCCUUCGUUCUCGACACCGAACCUCAAAGCAGUUUACUGCACUUCCAUUCAACGAGGAAGAAGAUACUCAGCCAGCCCCUGUCUCUAGUCCCCCCACCUCCUCCCCUGCGAAGGCCUUUGUUUAUAGCGAUCCUGUAGAGGAGAUCGAGACCCGACGUUCAUCAAUGGCGGUGACAUAUAACAACACUGGCCUUAGGGAGGUCGAUCUAAACGUCGCUAAAACCCUCUCUGAUAUUGCCGACGAUACCCCUAUCCCCAGCAAACCUGAUACCCCAGUACAUAUUCCAGUUGUGGAUCUCGACAAUACCCCUGCAAAGGACGAAUCUGAGCCGACGACCCUCAAACGCCGUCGCUCUGACUCAACCAGCAUGACCAACACCGUCGAGAGCAAGCUUCCCCAGAAGAUGCUCUCCAAGAAGAUGGCUGGCAUGAUGGAGGGCCGCGAGAAUGUGCCCCCCUCUGCUGCUCCCGGAGGCCGACGGUUAUACCGCAGCCGCGCUCCGAACUAA